UAGCUUAUUGAGCAUAUCAUGUCGUGAGUAGGUUUAUUUGGGUAUCAUUAAUAUGGAGGUUAACUCGUCAAAAUCUGCGACUAGUAUUGAUGAAAGAACUCGACGAAACUACGCAAUGAUGGUUCCUUGUCUGAAGAGAACCUGUUUAUCCGCAGAGAGUGCCUUGACCGGACGGCCAAAUGUGGAAGAUGUUCCCUUGUGUGCUAAGUUGCCUAUGAUUCCUGGAAAUAAACUACUGUUGUACACAACAAAUCUUUGCGAAAAGCUUCACCGUCCGUCCUGCGACUUCGAUAGAACUUAUCCAAGUGACGUAUACGUUAGUAAUGAAUAUAGAUGUUUGCAUGAUCCACAUUUGAGAAGUUUUUUUCUUGAUCGACCUGCGAUGAGAAGAAGACUACGAAAAAAUAAUUAUAUCACUCCGGAACAAAAGGUUAUUUGUUCACUUCGAGAAUAUAACCUGUAUCGCCAGUACCUGAAACAUCUCAGUAUUGAAUAUUUGAAUAAGAAAUAUCUAGAGCAAUAUGAAAAAGAACGUCAGAAAAAUAAAGAAGAGGCAGCUCGGACAAUUGAAGAAAAGAAAAAUGAUGUUGACAAUCCAAUAACAGUAAGGAUAGAGAAGGCACGUAAAAUCCGAAUGGCUAUAGAAAAAGAACUUGAGGGUAAAAAGAGAGAAGUUUUGAGGGAAUCACAAAUCUAUAAAGAAAGGAGAGCCAGAGAGAAGAGAGAAGAACGUAUGCUGAGAAUUUUGAACGAGGAAAUGAGAGAAAGAGAAAGAGAAAAUAAAAACAUCAGAAGGCAGCAAAGAAAUCGAAAACAUAUGUAUGAGGGAGGCACUGUUGGAUUGGAAACAUAAAGAAGACUUGAAGCGAAGGAAUUGUUUGAAGAAAAGUUGAAAAAAGAACGGAAACACAAAGAAAGAAUCCUGAUAACGAAUUAUGAAAAAAGAAACAGUUUCACCAUCUCAAAAUGAUCGAGUUGAAAAGGAUACUCGUCGAUGAAAGAGGCAAGACGAAAAGCCAGGGUUUCUCGUUGGGAGAAAUAUUUUACAAGAAAACAGAAAGCUCUAUCUGCCGCCCUGGAAGAUUUAAAAAAAGAGAAGCAAAAGCUAGAGAACAAGAGAGAAAAAUAUUGGAUGAAAGAUUAAAAGCUAGGGGUGGACGGGCAUAGCAUGCAGACCGAAGAAACCUACAUCGAUAGAUGGGCAAAGAAGUCUUUCCGAAUCGGCCAUUUACAAAGUUGGCGAUGGAAGUAAAAUGGCGAAAGCCGAUCUUGUUCGUCAACUUAGUGCAAUGGGAUUUCAUAACGUCAUGAUGACGCCUGACAUAUUGAAGGCGAUGUGGAG